AUGAUUUUACAACCGGGAAGGCAUCCGGAGAUCCAGGAUCAAGAUUGGCCAGAAGCCUUCCAGGAGAACAAUGACGGCCAGAAUCUGUCCCAACACGAAUCGGACAAGCAUCCGCUGGGAGUUCGGCCAGCUGGGAACGCCCUUACAUCCCACGAAAAUGCCCAGGAUUAUAUGGGUAGUUUUGGACGACUGCCAGAUGCCUUAUUCUUGAUAGUCUUGGAGUUCCUCGACCAGUCAAGUCUGGUAAAUUUGGGCUGCACAUGUCGAGGACUGUACGCUUAUUGCUCCUUUGACCAGUUAUGGAGAGACAUUGCAGUCAACGACAUGAGUGAUGAUUUCUCAUGGCGGGGGAGCUGGCGCGCUUCUCUUAGGCGUCUUCCUUCUUCCCGACCCGCAAAGGUGGACUGUACACAUCUCUACUCGGAUGCUCUGCACCGACCUUUCCUUUGCUCCCAGUUGUCUUUGGAUCCAUAUGUUUCAAGCAUACCGCCGAAGAAUGAAAUUCCACGGAUGGGAGACCUAUCACCUUCUGGAUUCAAUGAGUCAUGGGCUGAUAGACCUUUCAUCCUCACCGCUCCGGUGAAAAAGUGGCAGGUCUUUAACAAAUGGAAUCAACAGGAUCUUCUGAGCAGAUAUGGCGACACCUCGUUUCGCGCCGAAGCUGUGGAUUGGCCGCUGAAGACCUACGUUGAAUACAUGAAUGACACGCGCGAUGAAAGUCCUCUUUAUCUCUUUGACCGAGGCUUUGUGGAAAAAAUGGACCUAGAAGUGGGCACUCACGGGGCAUACGAGCCUCCAAAUGUGUUCCAAGAAGAUUUGUUUACACUUUUGAGAGAUCAAAGACCGGACCAUCGAUGGCUCAUCAUCGGCCCAGAACGGAGUGGAAGUACAUUCCACAAGGAUCCAAACGCAACCAGCGCCUGGAACGCCGUUAUUCGAGGUUCGAAAUAUUGGAUCAUGUUUCCUAGCUCCAUCCUACCGCCAGGAGUCUACAUGAGUGAAGAUCAGAGCGAGGUCACCUCUCCCUUGAGCAUUGCCGAGUGGUUGUUAUCUUUUCAUGCUGAAGCCAGGAACACUCCCGGUUGUCUGGAAGGGGUGUGUCGAGAAGGUGAAGUUUUGCACGUCCCAUCAGGUUGGUGGCACCUGGUGGUGAACCUGGACCCGGCGAUCGCAAUCACACAGAACUUCGUCCCCAGAUCACAUGUUGGUGCAACUGUCGGAUUUUUAAAACAUAAAGCGAAUCAGGUGUCCGGGUUCAAGGAGACGAUCACCGAUCCCUGCGCUCUUUUCAUGGAACGCUUACGGGAAACGCAUCCCGACCUGGCAGCUUCCCUCGAUGACACCGGUACCAAGAAAAGAAAAUGGGAGCAGGUGGUGUGUGAAGAUGACACCGACGGGGAGCGGCAAAGAUUUAGCUUUGGAUUCGAGACUGAUAUUGACAAUGACGGGGCAUGA